AUGUCAAAGGACGCGAUUUCACCCUCGGGGGCAACGGACCCUCAAGGGCAGCUUCGGUCUCCGGUCGAGAAGCAGGAGCCACUACGUGUAGAGGCCGAAAACGAGCAGGAUCUCAAGGGAGGGCUCGACUAUUCUGGAGCGCACGAAAAGGUGGACCCUCGCGAGAUUGCGCUGGUCAAGAAGCUGGACAGAUGGAUGAUGCCGAUUCUGUGGCUGAUGUACUGGCUCAACUAUCUGGACCGCAACGCCAUCACGCUCGCGCGCCUCAACAACCUGGAAAAAGACCUCAACCUCCAGCCGGGCGAGUACCAAACGUGCAUCUCGAUCCUCUUCGUCGGCUACAUCAUCAUGCAGCUGCCGUCCAACAUGAUGCUCACGCGGGUGCGGCCGAGCGUGUGGAUGUCGUCGUGGAUGGUGCUCUGGGCCGUGGUCAGCACGCUGACCGCCGUGGCCAAGAACUACACGGGCCUGCUGCUGACGCGCUUCUUCCUGGGCGUGACCGAGGCCCCCUACUACCCGGGCGCCCUGUACAUGCUGGCCCAGUUCUACACGCGCAAGGAGAUCGCCACCCGCAUCGCCGUCCUGUACACGGGCAACAUCCUGGCCACCGCCUUUGCCGGCCUCAUCGCCAUCGGCAUCUUUGAGAUGGACGGCGUGGCGGGCCUGUCGGGGUGGCGGUGGCUCUUCAUCAUCCAGGGCCUCGCGACGCUCGUGGUCGCCGUCGCCAGUUUUUGGUUGCUGCCCGACGAGCCGCUGCAGACGCGCUGGCUGACCGACGACGAGCGGCAGCUGGCGCACGCGCGCAUCGUGCGCGACACGGUCGGCGAAAAGGGCGUGACCACCACCUUCAGGGGCAUGCUCGAGGCGGCCAGGGACGGGCGCGUGUGGCUGUUUGCCCUCAUGCAGCACCUGCACCUCGGCGCCAACGGCUUCAAGAACUUUUUUCCCACGGCGGUCAAGACGCUGGGCUUCGGCCAGACCGUGACGCUGGCGCUGACCUGCCCGCCGUACCUGAUCGCCGGCGUCACCGCCAUCUGCUGGUCGUGGUCGUCGGGGCGGCGCAACGAGCGCACCUGGCACCUGACCGUGGGCAAGUCGCUGGCCGUGGCGGGCUUCGUGCUGGGCUGCGCGACGCUCAACACGGGCGCGCGCUACUUUGCCAUGAUCGUCUUCACCGUCGGCACCUACUCGGCCAACAGCAUCAUCCUGGGCUGGGUGGCCAGCACCUGCUCGCAGACCAAGGAGAAGAAGGCCUCGUCGCUGGCCAUCGCCAACAUGGCCGCCGCCAUGUCCUUCAUCUGGACCCCGUACCUGUGGCCCGACUGGGACGAGCCGCGCUACGUCAUCGCCAUGUCGUCCAGCGCCGCCCUCAGCGUCGCCACCAUCCUCUGCGCCUGGGCCAUGAGGUGGUGGCUGCGCGCCAUGAACAAGAAGAUCAGGGCGUCGGACGAUGAGGCCGUCAUGUUUUACGCUUACUAG